GUAUGGUAUUUCGGGUAUGGUUCUAAUAUGAAACCAUCCGUCAUGCAAGGCCGCGGUAUCACGCCUUUGGAAGUCAGAUGGGCAAGAGUUCAUGGGUAUAUCCUUACCUUCGAUGUGUUCGGCUUACCGUACAGCGAACCGUCAAUGGCGAGCAUCGCGCCGUACACAGUGACCGGGGAGAAGCAAUAUGUGCCGGAUGUUUGCGGAGUGGCUUAUCUACUCUCAAGUGAAGACUUCAAGCGUCUAGUCAGCACUGAGGGUGGCGGAGUCGCGUACGAUGAGAUUGAGGUUGAAGGGGUUUCGGCGACAGAGGAGAUUCGGAUGCACACGCUCGUAGCAAAGUUCCCAUGGAGACCAAAUGCUUGCCCCAGCAAGCGAUAUUUG